CCUGCCUCUGUCAUGCCGGCCGUAGCUCUUGGGAUCUCUGUUGGAUGGCGCAGCUUUUCGUUGUGGCUGCUGGCGUUGCUGCAGCUUUGCAGCGCGGAUUUGGACGUCUUGAGUCCGGGGUCUGGCAGCGAUAAAUUCAAGGUGGAGGGCAGGGCUGUGGUGCCUGGGGUGAGGCCGCAGGACUGGGUGAACACUGCUCGGGUGCUAGUGGAUGGCGAAGAACACGUCGGCUUUCUGCGGACUGAUGGCAGUUUUGUUGUUCAUGAUGUACCAUCUGGCUCAUAUGUGGUAGAAGUUAUUUCUCCAGCUCAUCGCUUUGAACCAGUUAGAGUGGACAUCACAUCCAAGGGUAAAAUGAGGGCCAGAUAUGUUAAUCACAUCAAGACUUCAGAAGUUGUGCGGCUGCCUUACCCUCUUCAGAUGAAAUCCUCUGGGCCUCCAUCUUAUUUUAUUAAGAGGGAGACUUGGGGCUGGACUGAUUUUCUGAUGAACCCAAUGGUAAUGAUGAUGGUUUUGCCACUGCUAAUCUUUGUGCUGCUGCCCAAAGUUGUGAACACCAGUGACCCCGAAAUGAGAAGGGAAAUGGAGCAAUCCAUGAAUAUGCUGAACACCAACCCAGAACUGCCUGACGUUUCAGAAUUCAUGACCAGACUUUUCACCUCCAAAUCAUCAAGCAAGUCCAGUGGGAGCGGAAAAGCUGGAAAGAGUGUAGGGAAGAGGAGGUAGUGCCCAGUGUAGUCAGACCCAGUGCAAAUGUGAUCUGGUUACCAGGGGUAAACAAUAGCCUUCAGUCUAGUAGCUCUCACCCAACUAGCACAUUGUGGUCUUAAUGAAAUCCUGGGGUAGUUUUAUAUUUAUUAAUCUUCCAAAAAAAUACAAACACUUUGUUUUGUUAUUUCCAGUUUGGGGGCCAUUCAAUAAAUGUUUGCUUCACCCUACACUGCAACCAAUAUGGGAAAUGCACAUGGUUUUGGGAUAUAGCUUUCCUGUCUGUGAUACAUAUCCAGCUCCAGCCAGUCACAUUUAAUUAGCGUUAUUAUUGUUACAUCGCACCAUCUGUCACUUGGGAAAAUACAGUUCUCUUCUAUACAAAAAAACGAUGAUUAGUAUUUAUAUCUAAACACAGCCCUGUGUCGUGCACUCUCCUGUUGCAGGGAUCUUAUUUGCCUCACAUUUGAUGUUGGCUGUCAUAUUUCAGCUGCCUCUGCUUGGCGUUCUCGCCCAUUUGAAUAAACCUCUCUAGAGAUUCUUAUAUUUCUGUAAAAUAGCUUUUAUUCUAAAUUAAUGCUUAUUUAAAGCUGCUAGAACAUGUGUCCCAAUCACAGGACGACUGUACUGUAGAUAGUGGAACAUGAUGGGGACUGCAAUACCCUGUAGGUAUUCUCAUCCAGGAAGUUGUUAGUUUAAGGUUACUUGGGUGUUGCAAUGUACAAUUACAAGAUGCCUGGCUCUGACAUUGACUUUGUCUUGCUUUUUCUGCUAUAAACAUGACUAAAUGCUGCAAGUCUUUGGAGUGAAAUGUAGGAUAUCAAGCUGUAGGGUCAGGAAAAUUAAGAAAAAACAAAAUGAUUUUAGGUGUUUAUAUUAGGGGAGGUCAGGAUACCACUGUCCUCACUGGUUUUAAAUGAAAUUCUACUGUUGAUAGAGCUCUCAUUUAUGCACCAUGAUAAUUAAAGGUCAUUGGGGGUCAUUUAUAAACACUAGGCUAAUUUUCACCUGGGCAUCAACCCAUGGUGACCAAUCAGAUGUUUGUUUCCAUUCUACAAGCAGCUGGCUGGAAAAAGAAGCUAUUCAAUGAUUGGUUGCUGUGGAUUACUACUUAGGUGUAAAUUUCCCCAGUGUUAAUAAAUGAACCCUUAUUGUCUUAGAUCUAAUGAAUACUGCAAAUCUAAUGAAAUUAUACUGCAAAUCACAUUGUGUUGCAUUCACAGUUAAGUACAUGUAUCACUUUAUAUUCACGGAUAUGUUGCUUACAUUCACUGGUUGGUUUCUAUGCUGCCAUGUGAUGUUCUACCCAACUUUAGAAAACUUUGUUGGCAUUUUCACUAAUUUGUUAAGCCCCUGUGCUUUGAGAUGUAUAGUCCAAAUUACAAUAUGUCAUGGUGAUGUUGAAAUUUUGGCACAAGUGCAUGAUGGGCAGUGGCCUUUAGUGUAGCACACAGAUUUUCAGACUUUUUUAUAACUAAUUUCUUCCUUCUGGAGCUUAAAAGGUUACACACACCAUCUAUUCAGCCAUAGUUCCAGGAAUAUAUUGCACAGCAAGUAAGGGUUUACCUCAAAUCUGUCCCUAACCAACCCCCAAACUGGUUAUCAAAAUUGUCUAGGAGAACUAGUAGGUAGGGAUGCACCGAAUCAAGGAUUCAGUUUGGGCUUCGGCCAAGGUUUCCUUUGUCAGCAGGUCUCAGAUUCAGUCGAAUCCAUGUUUCUGGCCGAACCUAAUCCUUAAAAUCACGUGACUUUUUGUCACAUAAACACGGACAUUGAAAAUUCGGAUUCAAUAUUUGCUCAAAUCUUUCACAAACGAUUCAGGCUUUGGUCGGAUUCUAGAAUAGUGGAUUUGGUGCAUCGCUUCUAUAAGGUUUUCUCCACAGUUCGUUCUCUAGUGGUUAUUCAGGCUGGGCCUCCUGUAAGUGCCUGCCCUAUAGUUUGGGAGCCACUAGUUUUAGCAAGUUCACCCAGAGCAUAACAGACCCAUCUACAGAGUAAUGAGGCAUGUUGGGUAACAUAUUUCUGAAUGGUUUAGCAUAUUUUUUACACCCAUGUCACGGUUUCUUUCUGCAGUAUGUUGCGAAUUACAGUGUCACGGGGCCCAUCUACAAACAACUACAAUGUUCACAGGGAUAAUUGGCUCAUUGCUGUGUGAAGAACCAUUCUGAGGGUGCAUGUGUAAGAGAAUGUUGCUUGUGAUUAGCGGAGUAGCCGAGGGCUGCAUCAGAGGAUUAUUUUUUUCCCCAUUCUCUCUGUGUGUUAGUCUGUGUGUGUGUGGUUCUUGAAAUACAGAGCUAAAUGGUUUGUUGUAAAUGGAUGUUAAAUUAAUUAAAGGAAAAUCUUAGUAAA